AUGAAGAAACAUUUGCCAUGGCUGCUCACUGUCGCUGUGCUAGUGCUCUCCGCGACCGCAAGGGAGAGCGCGAACACCACGGAGCCGGAUGACUCGUCCGCGGCACAGGCUGUGAGCGAGCAUCACGGGCUCAGCGUCCUGCUUCUGUCGCUGCAGAAAGUUCCAUGGAAGCGCCUGGCGAUAGCGAUGGUGGGCACCGUCAUCAUCGUGCCGAUCAGCACGCUGGUCAUCGUGGCGUUGAUCCUGUGGCGCGAAGCGAGGAAGAUCCGCUCCUCCUGGAAGGAAACCAAAAAGACUGGGGCUCUGGUCUCUUCGCCCUACGCAGCGGAGCCUGAACCACAGCCUCAGGUGACGUCCCUAGUGGUGCAGAUCAUCCGGCUCAUCCGCAUCUGCGUGCCCAGCAUUUGCUGCGAGCAAUUUUUCUGGCUCGCCAAUGCCAUCUUCCUCUCUGGCCUUUAUGGGCUGUUUGCCUGCUUGGUGCCCAGCGUUUUGGUGCGGCCGCUCUGGACCAUGGUGAAGGUGGACCUGCCGUCAUCCUUCCGUGACUUUGUGGUUAUCAUGUUGGGCUACAACGCCUCCAUCGCCAUUCUGAAGGCGGCGAUGAACUUCUGCGGCAUGCGCGCCAUGAUCGCGUUUCGGAAGUCCUUGACGGAGCACCACCACGCGGGGUACAUGAGCCGCGAGGGACGGCUCUACUACACCAUGGGGAAUUUGGACUACCGCGUGGACACGCCGGAUGCGCGCAUCACCAACGACACGGAUCUCCUCCUGCAGUUUCUCUUUGAAUUCGUCUUCGGCGGGAUUAUGAAGCCGGAGAGCGGGGCGUGCUGCCAGCUCUUCUUCCUCAUCUUCACCGUGGCGGUGGCCUACUCCGAGGCCGAGGGCGGCGCCCCGGGCUGGGGCAUGCCCUCCAUCGGCAUAGCUUUCACGGUGGUUCUUGUGUCCUUGGUUCCCACCGUUGUUGCAGCGGAUGGCCUCACCAAGGCGCAGGCGGAGGUGCAGUCCGCGGAAGCCGCGCUGCGGGCGGCCUACUCCAAGUGCCGCCUCUUCGCGGAGUCCAUCUGCUUCUACGGCGGGGAGGAGAGCGAGGCCCAGAGGAUGGAGAACCUCUACGAGCGCGUGCACCGGGGGUUCCAAGUGUUCGCCAAGUUCAAGCUUUUGGUGGACCUUUCGCAGCUCGCCUUCUACUUCGGCUUGGCGCCGGUGUCCAUGACCAUCGCUGCCUUCAUUGUGCGCAAAGGCGACUGGACACAGGAUUCUGAGACGACCUUUUAUGUGCUGAACCUCACCUUCAUCCGCAUCAUCCGGUGCUGCCUGGAGGUGGCCAAGAGCGUGGUGGACCUCGCCAAGGCUCAAGCAAUGCUGCAGCGUGUGGUGCAGCUGCUAGAGGUGAUGGACGCGUUCAUCGCCUUCGAGGCCCACAGGAAAGGCUCGAGGCAGCUGAGCCGGGCCGAUGGCUUCCUCAUCGACGAGGAGGAGGUGCUGUGCUGCCUGCCCUACUACCGGGUGCAACAACUGCACUGCGGGGAGGUGGUGCCGGUGAGUGUCACGCCCUUCGUGGAAUUCCAGCAUGUAGAUAUCUACACUCCUGAUGGAAUGAGGUGCCUUCUGAGAGACAUCAGCCUCCGCUUAGACCCCGGGGAGAGCUGCCUGAUCAUGGGCCCCAGCGGCAUCGGCAAGUCCUCCCUCCUGAGGGUGCUUGGCCAGCUGUGGCCUCUCUUCCGCACCCCUCUGAAAGGAGAGGCGGCCUCCUUCUGCCGCCCGGGGCCGCUGAGCGUUUUCUUCCUGGCACAGCGGCCGUACCUUUUCCAGGGAACCUUGCGGGAGCAGGUGGCGUACCCCAUCUGGGACACCUCGCUGCUCACGGAGCUGGACGACACCAUCAUGGAGCAGCUCUUCACGGACGCCAACCUGCUGGACGUUUGGGAGGCACGGAGGGACGAGCUUGAUUCCCCGCACAUCUGCUGGGACGACGUGCUCUCCCUUGGCGAGCAACAGCGCCUUCAGUUCUGCAGGCUGUUCUGGCAUGCCGAAUGGCACGACAGACACCAGGAUGACUCCCAGGGCUUUUUCGCGGUCUUGGAUGAGUCCUCCGCCUCAAUGGACACGACCUCCGAGCUGAAGGUCUAUAAGUCCUGCCGCGAGAGGAAGCUAGGCUAUCUCAGUGUGGCCCACAGGCCUACGGUUAUCCAAUUCCACCACAAGGUGCUGCACUUUUCCUUCGAUGAGCACCAGAACCUGCGCUACAAAGUGCGGGACGGCGCCGAGAUGGCGCUCGAAUCGGCGUCGCUCAUCCACAACGAGAGCCUUCGCAAUGAGGAGUGGCGGCCGCAGAAUAUGCGGCGUGUCCAAUCCAGGAGCAUGCGACGCUUCGGCGGCUUGGCGAACCAGUCCUUCUCCAGCCUCACAGGUCUUUGUGUCACUCCCGUCGCUGCUGAAAGGCAAUAUGACGAGGAAGACGUGGAGAGCCGGUCCCAGUCCCGGGCCUCCUCACCCAACUCCCCCAUGCUGGCGCGCCUGGGAAAGGUGCAAUCAGCUCCUGGCAGCAUGGUCAGCUUCAUGCUGUCCAACAAGGCGGAGGCGGAUGCGAACUACAUGCCCUUAAGCACCAUCGGCGAGAACAAGCAGGCUAGCGACCUUUCCUUGGGCGAAGGACCUCUAGUUUGCUCUCCUUACUCCACCGAUGCACAGGACUUCGCUAAGAACGGCUCGAUGUACCACUUGGGCGUCAUCGCUCGCAUCAGCUGGACGCAUACCUGGCUCCUGACCUUGGUGGCGCUUCUGAACCUCCUGGCUGCGGCGAUGCUGGCCUUCUGGGCUGAGCUCUUUACCAAUACAAAGAGUGUCAUCAAGCCCGGCACAGAGGCAGGCUUCCACGCCUUCGGCAGGGAGACCGGCAUCAGCAUUAGCUACUCGCGGAUGCUUCCGGUGAUCCUUUGCUGGGGGCCUGCCUUGGGAGUGGUCAAGGCAAUCGCCAACUACUUCUCUGUGCUGCUCAUGAUGGAAUGGCGAAAGCGGCUCUUCUACCAUCUGCAGGCCAAGUAUUUGCGCAGCGCAGACCGGAUCUACUAUGUUCUUAGCAACUUGGACGGUCGAGUGGAAGCAGCGGAUCAGCGGAUCACCAACGAUGUGGAUCUGCUGAUGCAGUUCAGCUUCGAGUUCUUCUUGGGUGGCAUCAUGAAGCCGGACAGCGGCGUUCUCUUCAAGAUGUCCGUCUUCCUGGUCAGCUGCUGGAUUGUCUGGAUGGAUGUGGAGCACACCAUGCCUGGCAUGGGGGGAGCAGCACCCUCCAUGGCCUCCGGGCUCUUCCUAGUGACCUUCCUCAUCGUGGAGCGCUUCGGGCGGCGGUGUGCAGAAGUGCAGCAGAAGCUGCAACUGUGCGAGGCCUCCUUCCGCGCGGCGCACGCGCGGUGCCGCUCCUUCUCGGAGGGCAUCAGCUUCUACGGUGGUGAAGCCACUGAGAAGGUGAUGCUGGACAAACACUUCCAGCCGGUGCUCACCACCUUCAAGCAAUUCUGCUGGUGGAAGCUGCCGGUGGAAUUCCUGCAACUCAGCAUCUUCCAGGGCCAGUAUACAAUCGCCAUGCUGGUCGGGGGCGCGGUGGCCUUCCAGGAGGAGGACAAGAGUCGGCGGGUGGGGCUGUUUGACCUCACCAACAGUGCCAUGGUGGAGUGUCUCGACUCCUUGAACCGCAUCACCUGCCAGAUCAUGGACUUCGCCAAGAGCUCGGCCUUGGCGCAGCGAGUGGUGGAACUGGAGGAGGUGAUGCGCUCCUUCCGUGCGCUCUUCAAUAUCACCUCCCCCGGGCUCUCCAGAUCGAGCACCAAGAAGAAGGAGAACGAGGUUCUCGGCCAGUGCAGCGACGUCAUCGAGGAGCUGGGGAUUGAUGUAGGCAGCGGCGGGUGCUGUGAGAGCACGGUCACGGAGCUGCAGUGCGGCCCGCAGGUUCCAGUACGGAUCUCUUCUGGCAUUUGCUUCCAGGAUGUGGACAUCUACACCCCUGACGGCCUACGGCUCCUCCUACCGGAGGUGAGCAUCACCCUCCACGAAGGAGAGAGCUGUCUUAUCAUGGGCCCCAGUGGCAUCGGCAAGAGCUCCCUGCUGCGAGUGCUGGGUCAGUUGUGGCCGUGCUUCCAGACCCCCGGAAAGGAAAAGGAGGCGCGCUUCAGCAGGCCGCCUGCAAGAAACGUGUUUUUCCUCGCGCAGAGGCCGUACCUCUUUGAUGGCACCCUCCGGGAGCAGAUCGCCUAUCCCGUGUGGCAUGAUUCCCUGCUUUCCGAGUUGGACAACUUCAACUUGGAGAGGCUUUUCACUGACUGCAACCUCCACGAGGUGUGGAGUGAGCGGCGUAGUGAGCUCGACACACCGGGCAUCUCUUGGGCUGACGUCCUAAGCCUGGGCGAGCAGCAACGAAUUCAGUUCUGCAGGUUGUUCUGGCAUGCCGAAUGGCACCAGAAGCAUGGAGAUGUCUCCCACGGCUUCUUCGCCGUCUUGGACGAGUCCACCGCAUCUAUGGACACCGCCUCUGAAAUGAAGAUUUAUCAGACCAUCCAGAAAAGGAACAUCGGCUUUCUCAGCGUUGCGCAUCGGCCAACCGUCAUCCAGUACCACACCAAGGUGCUACAUUUCCAGUUUAAUCUCAAGCACGACUUGAUCUACGAGGUGAAAGACGCGCGAGAGAUGGCUGAGGAGCAUGCGUCUCUGCUCACCAAGCACCUGAAGCCUCUGAUCCAGCCGAUGCCGCCGACGCGCCCUUCUGGAGAGAGCAGGGACAGCAGGAAUUCCGGCAGGCCUGCGGCUCACUCCCUGAAGUUAGAUGGAAUUGAGCCGCUGGCGCGGGAAGGCACCGGCGUGUUUCCUGGCGACGGAAGCAGCACCUCCUACGCGUUUGCCCGGAGGCUAGAGCUGGCCACUGGCUGGGACGGGCUGCUUCGGGGGCCCUGCCCGGAAGUGGGCCGGCAGGCCGGAGCUCGGUUUUCCGGCGGUCUCCGGUCCAAAUCCGAAGCUGUUGGAUCAAAUCCCACUCGGGGCGUCGGCGAGCUCACGGCGGAGUAUUGCGCGGAGCUUGAAAAGGCGCGAGCGUGUGCAGGGCGCGGCUGGGGCGAUUGCCCGAUCGCAACGUCCAAGGCGAUGACUGCCGCCUCGAGGUUUCUCCAGGCGACAGAGAAUGCCAUCAGGCAGCCGCGAUCGGAAAACGUAGCAGUCAAUGUCAGCCAAUGCUGGCUAGAGCUUCGUUCCGAUGCUGAUGUGUUCCAGCUCCAGCGCUGGAACAGCCAAGACUUCUCGGAGCCAGAGCUGCGGAGGGCCUACCGGCGCCAGGCGCUGCUGCGGCACCCAGACAAGGGCGGUAGCGCUGUGGACUUCCAGAGGCUGGUCCUCGCCUUCGAGGUCCUUUCGGACGCCAAAGCCCGCGAGAGGUACGACCGCAGGCUCGCGCGCGCCCACGCCAGCGCUGCGGAUGCUGCGGCCUCAAGGAAGCGCAAGGGCCGAGAAGCCCGAGGCGAUGCGAAGGAGAAGCCAAGCGACCGUAAGGAGGCGAGACCCUCCAAAUAUCAGGCCUUCGAGCGCCUCUUCACAGCACUGCAGAACGUGGAGGCGGCGCUGCGGAAGGAGACGAUCGCCAACAUGUCGCAGAAGCUGCGUCGCCAGUUCCUGGAGUACUUGGAUGGGAGGCACUCGACAAAGGAGUCGCCGGAGAGGUCAGCUGAGCCCAAAGCGGCCGAGGAGGAGAGUGACAGUGAUAGCGAGGGGCAGCUGAUGCUGGAGGACUUGGAGCCGAAGCCGAAGAACUGCAGGAGGACGCCCGUCCAAGCUCAGCGCGGCUUGCGGCGAAUCUCACUGCAGACGUACUCCGUGGAUUGUAGCCUCUUCAACACCAUGUUCGUGACGAAAGCGGCUUCCUUGGAGACAUCCUUGGACUAUCACAUCCUGCUCACGCAGGUUCGCGCGCGGAGCCGCCGCCACGGCAGCAACUCCGCCGGAGAGACAUCGGAGCUGGUGCAGAAGGCGGUGGAGGAGGUGCUGGCGGAGAAGAACAUCCUGGCGGAGGACAUGGGCCUCAAGGCCUUCGUUUUUCUCCAGUGGGGCCGCUAUGACAACUUCCCCUCGAUUCGCUCCCCGGUGCUGCAGGUGGAGGAGGCUUUGCACUGGCGCACCCGUCUCCUGAGCGCCGCCAAGUGGGAGGACUUCAGCGACUCGGAGAUGGAUGGAUCCGUAGACCCGAACCCAUAG